CAUGCUAUAUUUGGAGUGCAGUGCAACAUAAACAAUACAAAAUGUUUAUCUCAACUAAAAAUUAUAUUUAAACAUUUCUAAUUAAGAAAACAACCAAUUCCAAGUUGACCGGUCUGGAGAUAGUUACGUUCACGUGCGAGACGGCUGAAACUGGAUCUUACUCAUUCUCAACCUUCAUGUUGCUCCACUUUGACUAAGGAAAGAUUAUUUACAUAAUCUCCAAUUACACUUACAGCAGUCUGGAUCCGGCACUGGUUAACUAGAUAAUAUUCAAUCCGUAAGCAGAAUUUGAUUGAAGUAGAUCUGUUCAUCCAGAGUGAAAGUUCAAACAUCAAUUCAGAAUCACAAAAAAGAAAAUGAUGUCAACCGGGAAUAUUUUAUCAACAUUUCCAGGAGAAGGGAUCGACAAAAUUCCCCAGGCUUUGAUAGAAUAUUCCAACUAUCGAUCCGCUUUAUCCACUCGAUAUGCAUCGAAAGAAAUGCAAUAUAAUUUCAGCGACCUGAAAAAAUUCUCGACAUGGAGAAAGCUGUGGUAUAUUUUGGCACAGUCUGAAAAGGAGCUUAAUAUUAACGAUGUGACCAUAACUGACGAGCAGUUAGAAGAAAUGAAGGCCAACAUUUUCAACAUUGACUUUGAACGAGCGGCGGAAGAAGAAAAAAAGACUCGCCACGAUGUGAUGGCACACGUGCACACUUUUGGUUUUUUAUGUCAAAAGGCUGCUCCCAUUAUCCAUGUUGGAGCAACUUCUUGUUUUGUGGGGGAUAAUACUGAUCUGAUAAUCAUCCGUGAUGGCUUAGAUCUUUUACUGCCUAAGCUGGCCAGGUGUAUCCAUCGCUUGUCCAAAUUUGCACGAGAGCAAAAAGAUGUCCCAACACUUGGAUUUACACAUAUGCAACCGGCACAACUUACAACUGUGGGCAAACGAGCUUGUCUUUGGCUCCAAGAUUUACUUUUUGAUGAAAGGAAUAUCUCCAGAAGUAGAGCCGAUCUUAGAUUUCGAGGGGUAAAGGGAACAACGGGGACACAAGCUUCGUUUUUGCAACUCUUUGAGGAAAAUCACGAGAAAGUGAAAGAGUUGGAUAAAUUGGUAACAAUGAAAUGCGGAUUCCCAAAGGCAUAUGCUGUCACUGGCCAAACAUAUAGUAGACACGUGGACGUUGAUGUUGUCAGUUCGCUUGCGGGACUCGGCGCAUCCGCACACAAGAUUUGCACCGAUAUCAGAUUGCUGGCCAAUAUGAAAGAGCUUGAAGAACCAUUUGAAAAGUCCCAAAUCGGUUCUUCUGCAAUGGCUUACAAAAGAAAUCCAAUGAGAUGCGAGCGAGUGUGUUCUUUAGCCCGUCAUCUUAUGACUCUAGUUGGCAAUACAAUGUCCACGGCAGCAGUGCAAUGGAUGGAAAGGACAUUAGAUGAUUCUGCCAACAGACGGUUAACACUAUCGGAAGCAUUUUUGACGGCGGAUUCAAUUUUGGAAACACUGCAAAACGUAUUUGAAGGGCUGGUUCCCUAUCCUCAGAUAAUUGACAGACAUAUCAAGCAAGAGCUUCCAUUUAUGGCUACAGAAAAUAUUAUCAUGGAGAUGGUGAAGAAAGGAGGAGAUCGUCAAGUUUGCCAUGAGGAAAUUAGAGUGUUAUCACAUCAAGCUGCAUCUGUCGUAAAGAAUGAAGGCAAGGACAAUGAUUUAGUUGAGCGGAUUAAACAGACGCCGUAUUUCAAACCAAUAUGGGACGACCUUCCGAGACUGCUGAAUCCCAAUACUUUUAUUGGACGUGCACCACAACAGGUGGACGAGUUUCUCCAAGAUGAAGUGGAACCUAUCAUUUUGAAGUACAAAGGAAUGUUAGAUGGAGUUGUAACAUUAAAAGUGUAAAAUAAAUUUUUAUGAUAUGCUUCAGUAAUCAUUAAAAGUUAAUCGUUUCGAGCUUACAUUGUUGUUAAAUUAA